GAUCCACGUAAGGUAAAGAGGAGGAAGAAGACUGCUGGUGGCGGAGCCUUCAUUCGCUGCUUCGUACUGCCCAGAUUCACGGAUCGAUUUGAAUCGUCUUAGCUGACGCGCAUUGGAAGCGGGAAACGUACGCGAACUUAACCGAUCUCGUCAAGAUGGCGCCAAAGGGAGACAAGGCGAAGGCCGCUCGCCAGAAGCGGGCAGUGCCGUUCACGUCGUCGAACAGCCACAGCCAAGCCUCGAGCACGAAGUCCUUCGAGCUCGACGAGACGUCGGGGAGCAGCUCCAGGAGCGCGCGGCACAACAUACAUCCUUCGACCUCUGCUGCCGACGUGCCUCAACACUUGGUGCAUUCGCUUGCGGAGCCACCCGACCGCCGCCUGUGGUCGAGCGAGAUGCAGCUCAUCCUGUCCUGCGCCGCAAUCGCCAUCGGUAUGGCCAACAUCUGGCGCUUUCCCAAGAUGCUCUACGAGAACGGAGGAGGCUCGUUCCUCCUGGCGUACAUGGUGGCGCUCGUGGCGGUCGGCUACCCGCUCUUCUACCUCGAGCUCAUCCUGGGCCAGUACACGCGGCUCGGACCCGGCGCCGUCACCAGAUGCGUGCCCAUGGCCAGAGGUGUGGAGGUGUGUGCGGGCCUGGUGAGCUUCCUGAUGAGCGGCUACCUGCACGCGCUGCUGGCGCAUUCCCUGCUGCAGCUGCUCCUGUCCUUCACCGACUUCAACCUGGUGCCGCUGUCCGGAUGCUACGGCUUCUGGGAGCAGCAGCUCGAGACCUGCUACAGGGCCGAGAGGCGGCUGUGCGGGUUGCACCCCUCCGUGCAGCGCUCUGCUCGGAAAGGCCACCAGAACCGCUCGUCGCUGCCUUUGCACAUGCGACCGUUCAAGUACGACGACGCCGUCAUGGACUGCGUCAACGUCACCGAGACGAUGAGCGAGCACUUCUUCCACACGUCCGUGGGCCUCCGGUCGCACCGGCAGGAGUGGCGCGUGGGCAGCUUGCAUCUGGAACUCCUGCUGUGCCUGGGGCUCAUGUGGGUGCUGCUGUACGUCUGCCUCGCGUCGGGCCUGCGAACGCCGCGCCUGUCCGCGGUCACGCUGCUGCCCAUCGGGUUGACAUUGGCGCUCAUGAUCGAGACGCUGUGGAGAGAGGGCGCCACCUUCGGCAUCUGGUUCAUGCUGGUGCCUCACUGGCGGGAACUGCUACAGAUCACGGUGUGGACCCGUGCCGUGGAACAGGUGCUGUUCACCAUCGGCGUCAGCUACGGUCCGGUGGUCACCUUCGGCAGCUUCUGCCGCCGCUUCGAGAACGUGCACAGGGUGGUGUUCAUGGUGACGUUGCUGACGCUCGCGGCGAGCCUGAUGUAUUCCAUCAUCGUGUUUUCGGCGCUGGGCAGCAUGGCGCUCAGUCUCAACAUCCCCGUCAAGGACGUGGUGCACGGAGGCCAGAGCGUGAUAUUCGUGGCGAUGAGCAAGUUCUCGGUGCACUGGAUCUCCUCCAGCCUGUUCUUCCUCCUCGUCCUCAUCGCCGGCACCAGCUCGCAGCUGUCGAUGGUCGACGUGGCGCUGACCCAUUGGGCCGACUGCUGCAUGCUGGUGCAGCGGAACCGGCGACACUUCGCGAUCGGCUACUGCGUCGUCGCUUUCCUGAUCGGUCUGCCUUUCGUCACCGAGGCGGGCCUGUACCUGGUGCAGCUGGUGGACAGCCAAGUGGUCGGCUUCCUGCUCAGCUACGUGGCCUUCUUCGAGCUGCUCGCAGUCAUGUGGAUAUACGGCCUGGAGCACUUGAAGCUGGACGUGAUGCUGAUGCACGGCGAGCUGUCGGCGGUCAAGCUGGAGUGCGCCUGGUGCGUCGUCGUCCCCGCCGCUUUGGCCGUGAGCCUGGUGACGAGCCUGCUGUCCGGCUGCAGCUCCCUGCGACUGGGUCCCAUCCAGUUCCCGGUGCACGUGUGCUACGUCGGCUGGAGCCUCGUCAUCGUCGGCGCCCUGCAGGUGCCGCUGUGGGCGGUGCUCGAGGCCAUCCGGAACCAGGCCAAACUGGAGCAGUGUCUCGUUCCCGCGUCAACCAUCGAGCUGGGCCUGGCGGCCAUGUCGAGCUCGGAGCCGACGCAGUUGCCCACGGCACACCGCCGCUUCUGAAUCUCGCUGCAGCUGUCAAACGGCAGCGCAGACUGGACCGGACCGCCGACCUUCGGGUUACAUUUCGUUAUAUAUACCGGUGAUGGCGCACUAAAAGAGGUCGCGCGAAAAACGCGCUUUUUGAGCU